AUGACCUUAGGAAUAACACAGAAAAUGAUUACUUUGUCAAGCUUUGUGUUUGUGUUUGCAGGUGUGUCUGGUGAUGAUGUUACAGUGACAGUGAUGAAGGGAGAUGACGUUACCCUUAAUCCUAAUGUCAUACAUGAAAUGCUGCGUUGGAAGUUUAAAGACAUUGACAUUACAACUAUUGAACAGUUCAGUAACAGACUAAAUGUGAAUAGUCAAACUGGAUAUCUCACCAUCCAGAACAUCAGAACUGAAGACACUGGAGAAUAUAAGCUGGAGAUAAAGACAAUCAUGGACAAACUAUUUAAGCCAUUCAAAACAUUCAAUGUUAUUAUCAAUGAUAAAGUGGAGUCGGUAUCAGUGAUGAAGGAAGACUCUAUCACUCUGGACACCAAAACCCCAACACAGCCUGAUGAUGUGAUCGAGUGGAAGUUUAAAAACACUCUCAUAGCUAAAAUGGACAGAAGAAUCCAUCCCCAGCCAGAUCCUGUCCUUGGUGAGAGAUUCAGUGGCAGACUGCAUGUGGAUUUACGUGGUUCUCUCAUCAUUACACACAUCAAAACUAAUGAGUCUGGACUUUAUGAUGUAAACAUCACUAACAGCAAACACAUCAUUCAGAAGAGAUUCAGUGUUACUGUCACUGGUGAGUAUCUUGUUUGUCAUAUCAGUGUCUUUCAAUCUUUGAUCUACAGAGAGGCAGAAAAAGCACCAGCCCAGUACAAGGCCGGUGAUUUCCAUUCAGUUCAUCAGGGAAGGGGAGAAACCAUCAGCCCCAAAAAGACUAAAAAGAGCCUCUUGCAACCAGCACAAUCCUGGGAGAUGAGGGUGGACCUGGGAAGGAGACUAGUCUUCCCCCAGGCAAGGAAGAUAAUAAUGAUUGAACUGACGGUCCCAUGGGAAGACGGGUGCAAGGAGGCCUAUGAGCGGAAAGCCACCAAGUAUCAGGACCUUGUUGAGCAGUGCAGGGCCAAAGGCUGGCAGACCUGGCCAUUCCUGGUUGAGGUCUGGUGUAGGGGUUCCCGGCACAAUCUGUGUGGAAGACGCUCACAGCUCUGGAGACGUUGUGAUUCGCGCAGGGGUUUAAAACCAGGGAGUGAGUUGGUACCGUUCAAGAAAUCAGAGCACCUGGGCAUGACGUGCUUCAUUAAGAAGGUUGCAGCCGUGACAUCACCGCAGCUGGCAUCUUAUUACUGCGGUGAUGCGGUCACAGCCCUUAUGCGCGUAGCUCGUCUUCCACGCUUCAGCUGUGGUGUGUUUUCUGCUUAUGUUACAGUGUCAGUGAUGAAGGGAGAUAACGUUACCCUUAAUCCUAAUGUCAUACAUGAAAUGCUGCGUUGGAAGUUUAAAGACAUUGACAUUACAACUAUUGAACAGUUCAGAAACAGACUGAAUGUGGAUAGUCAAACUGGAUCUCUCUUCAUUCAGAACAUCAGAACUGAAGACACUGGAGAAUAUAAGCUGGAGAUCAAGAGAAGCACAGACAAAACAUUAACGCUAUUCAAAACAUUCAAUGUUACUCUCAAUGACCAAGUGAUCACAGUUUGUAGCACUGACUUAACCGACUCGACGAUCACAAACAUAAAAUCAACUAAAGUGGAAAUCAACUGCGGAGAUUUUAUUUUAAACAGGACAUUAAGCGUUUACUUCAACGCAGAUAAAGUGAAGUCAGUAUCAGGGGUCAAGGGAGAAACUGUCAUUCUGAACACUGAUACACAACCGCAGGCAGAUGAUGUGAUUGAGUGGAAGUUAAAUGACACUCUCAUAGCUAAAAUGGACAGAAAAAUCCCCUCAGAUUAUUUCCUUAAUGAGACAUUAAGAGACAGACUGAAUGUGGAUUGGCAUGGUUCUCUCUUUAUCAAAAACCUCACAACUGAAGACUUAGGACUUUAUGAUGUAAACAUCAAAAGCAGCAAAUACAUCAUUUACAAGAGAUUCAAUGUUACUGUCACUGGUUCACAUCGGGAGAAGAUUUGUACAUUAUUAUUUGUACCAGUGAUGAUGUUGGUGAAAGUCCUAGUUUAGCCGCUACAGCAAACGCAAGAUUGACAGCAGCCCUUCAACAGCAAUGGUCCAUAUCACUGAAUGCAGUAGCAAAGUAAUGACUUUAAACACAGCUAUGUAACAUUCAACAGCUAAAAAUGAAUUGAACUGUGAAACUUAAGCAUAACAAGUGCAAGUGCAAACAUGCUUACCUAUUAAAAUAAAAUGUAUAUAGCAAAGUCAGCACUUAAAGCAAAGUUAACCUGCUUGCUUUUCAAUUAUAAGUCUUAGAUUUCAUGUGCAAAUCAUGUUUUUUAUUAUUGCCAUAAUAAAAUUAUUAUUUAGAUGAAUCGACUAAUCGGAUAAAAACGUUAAUGUUUUUAUAGCUAAAUAAUUACUAAAUUGGGGUAUUCACGUGUAGAAGUGCAAAAGCCACACACUACUAGUUUUAAUAAUAAAAUCCUCUUGAUUUUGAUAUUUUAAGCCUUAAAAAAAAGUUUGUGCAGCUUUUAAAUAGUAAAACAUCUUUAAAUAUCAAAAUAUAAAUAAACAAAACGAAUUGAGUCUUCACUUUACAUUUUCUUUAUGGAAAACCCGAACACAAUUAAUACAAACAAAUACAAACUCACUCAUAUCAAAGGACACAAAAUUAAACCUUUAUUAACCAGGGCUGCGUUCAGCCCCGACAAAACGUUGCACAAUGUUUAUUAAACAGAAACGGUGAUGUGUUGAACACCCUGUUGUGAUGACGCAAGAGUUGCAACUACGGUAGCUGAGAGGCCAUUCUUUGUGUUCUUUUUUAAAUGUUUCUGAAGCCUGAUGAAAUCGUUAUAAUUGUGUGUUUAAUACU